AUGAACGGCUCCGUCUCCCCACGAUUGUCUAUGCCAAAGGCACACGGUGAAACAUGCUCGCCUGGCACACGGCUGCACUUCAGUUCGUGCGCAUCAGAGCUCCAACGAACGGCUGCCUCGCGCUGGUUCUGGAAAGGGCACUGCACAAAGAAGAAUUGUUUUUCAGAUUCACGGUGCAAUGAAACUGUUUCCGUGGCGGCAUCUUGUUUCCGAUCCACUCGGGCACCUUCUUUGCUGGGCAAUUGUGGUGUUUCUUCUUCUCGACGAUUCGCUGCUGACCCUUCUUGGGGCCUCCUUUCUGCUGCGCCGAUGAUGGAUUACACGAACCGUCACUGGCGGCACCUGAUCAGUUUGAUGUCUCGACGUGUGACUUUGUAUACAGAGAUGGUGUCGGUACCGCCGGCUCCUUGUGAAUCUUCCGAGUGCUCUCAAGACCUUCCGCCUUCCAUCAAACGGAAACUCUGGGAGGAAAUCAGCAGCCUUUCCACCGUGCCUAACCACGUUGUUCUCCAGGUCGGCGUGGGAAGCGUCGCGAGUGCCAUUGCAGUUGCUCGUGCAUUCAAUAGUCACGAAUUUAGCGAGAACAGAGGGCAAUGCGAGCAGGGGACAGGGACGGGAAGGCAACGAACGUUUUCAGUCAAUCUAAACUGUGGAUGCCCCAGUCCACGUGUUGCCAAGGGAUCGUUCGGUCUUAUCCUUAUGGAAGAUCCUAAGCGAGUCGCAGAGAUCUGCCAGGUUCUUCUCGAUGGUGCUAACAGUAGAGAGAGCCAGCAGGGGCGCAACGUAGCAGACGAGGCGACGGGAAUGUGUGCAGGAGGAGACACGAUGAAUAGAAUGGCUAAGACUGAUGAGGUCCUACGAAUGGACAAUUCAGCAGUGUCUGUUAAGUGUCGGGUGGGAAUCGAAGAAGACAGACGGUUUUUGAGAUCUGGAAGCAACCUGUUCUCCGCGACAACUUUCUCCUCGUCUUCAACGUGCACCUAUGAGAAGCUUGCUUCAUUCAUUGCUACAGUAACUGAGGCAUCCCCAGUCCGUCAUUUCAUAAUUCAUGCUCGUCCUGGAAUCCUGGUGGGCAAAUUGUCACCAAAAGAGAACCUUCAAAUUCCGCAACGCAGGCCCGAGUGGGUGUACAGGCUCUGCCAGGACUUUCCAAAUGUAUCAUUCACAUUCAACGGCGGCGUCAAGUCAUUCCAUGAGGCCGAAGGCCACUUGCUCAACACAAAUGAUAAGCUCGGUGGCGUUAUGGUAGGGCGAGAUAUCCUUGAUAGGCCAUGGUACUGGGGUUCUUGCGCUGACGCAUUUAUCGCUGCUCAGGACGAAAGACGCAGUAGGCAGUGUACUUCGAGCAUCGAAGACGGUUCAGAAGGCAACAGAGCCGGUCCACCCCAGGACCAGAGGAGAGGGUCAGUUGCAGGUCGACAAACGGUAGAAGCGUCUGUUCCAGGGGAAGAUAUGAAGAAGAACGUGUCCUUGAAGAAAGGAAGGCAAAAUGAAGGGGUGAGCCGGGCGGAGGUGGUGGAGCAGUACGCUUGCUACGUCGAGGAAGUAGAGAAGACUCAGGGGCCAGGGAGUACAGCACAUCAACAGAAAGUGGGAAGUGAUCGUGCUAGAAAACACACCACAGACGGAGGGCGAAUCAUACUGAGCAGGCGUGCGUCGUUGCUAAAGCCGCUGUUGAAUCUGUUCGCCGGCGAACCAGGAAGCCGUGCGUUUAAGCAGAGGCUUCAGGCUGCAUGUGACAGUCGAAACAGUCAUCUUGCUGUAGAGAGUCGGUCAUCAGUAUGCACGAGGCCAGAGAGAGAACGCGGAGAAACACAGGCAGGUGAAUACACGAGGCAGAUAGUUUCCACGAAGGCAAGUAGGAUUCGGUUUCCAAGGCCGGAACCAACAGGAGAGAUCAUUCGUCGGGCCUUGGAAGUCUUUCCGUCGGACGUUCUCGAACACCGACAGAGUGGCGAGACAUGA